AUGGGCCACGAAGCUGAGUCGGUGUUGGCUUCCGACCCUGCAGGUUUGCCUGGUGUGGUGAAAGAUGAACAGCACGACGGAAAACUUGAAUCAAACAGCCAACUUUUGGGCGAUGAGGAGGAAGAUACCAGCGGCCAUCUCCAUGGCUGGCGGCUCUGGAUCGUGGCCAUUCUGAUCUCUAUCGUAUACUUUGUUGUUCAAGUAGAGAUUAGCAUUGUGACCACAUCUCUUGUCGACAUUACUCAGGAUAUAGGUGGCUUUCAAAGGGCAGGUUGGAUCAUGUCAGCCUAUCUGCUGGGCUUCGGAAUCGGCGGGGGCGGCAGCUACGCCCUAGGCAGCAUUUUGCUCAUCCAGAUUGUCCCAGCAAAGGAAAUUACAAAUAUGGCAUCUUAUUCAAGCAUUUCGUUCGUUCUUGCCACCGUCUUGGGGCCCAUCAUUGGCGGUGGCAUUUGCCAACACACAACUUGGCGGUGGAUCUUUCUGUUCAACGUGCCCAUUGGAUUAUGUGCCGUGGCCAUGGCGAUGAUUGGUAUCCCGAACGGAUAUCCUCAUCACGAAGCAGCUGAAAAGCGGCGAAGAGCUAGCACUUCCGAAAUUUGCUCCAAAAUCGACUUACUGGGGUGUACCAUGCUGCUAUUGUCGACCCUGGCCUUCGCGUCUGCUUUUCAAGAGGUCAAUAGUCAAUUCUCGUGGGACUCUGCUUAUUUUAUUGUCUUGGUCAUCGUUUCACUUGUUAUAUUGGGUUUGCUUCUACUAUGGGAGCGCCGUGUAUCCUUGCAGGAUGGCUCUCGGGAACCUGUUCUGCCCUGGCGAUUUAUUGUGCGUCGUGAGAUGCUUGGUGCUUUGCUAGGGCUCUUCCUAGUGGGCGGAUCACUCGGCGUUACCUCAUUCCAGCUGCCGCAGCGUUUCCAGCUUGUCAACAAUCUCGACGCUGUCAAUGCAGGCGCACGUCUUCUUCCAUUCGGCGGAGCUAGUACCGUUGGCGGGAUGUUGAUUGCAAGGGCAUAUACUAAAUUCAAGACGCCACUAGUGUAUAUUAUCAUUGCUGGGGCUUUGUUACAAGUUGUAGGUUAUGCUCUGCUUGGGACUAUGGAUGCUUCAGCCAAUAUACCGCCCAAGCUGUACGGAUAUGAAAUUAUUGCGGGAGUCGGUUGUGGCAUAAGCUAUCUAUCAUUAUUCGCCGCGGUUCCAUUCGCUGCAGAAAAACGCGAUCAUGCCGUUGGACUCGGAAUCUCUCAUCAGUUUCGCGCGUUGGGAAGCGCUCUCGCUAUCGCCGUUGGGGUCUCUAUCUUCAAUGGACAUGUCAUGCAUAGCCUAAAAGCACUGGGAAUUCCAGAGCCAGGGAAAUUCGUCGUCACCGGCGCCCGGCAUCGGCUACCGCCAGAAUUGCGGGAUGACGUGGGCAGAGUUCUCGCCGAUGGGUACAAUUACCAAAUGCUUCUUCUUUGCGGCUUUGGAGGCGCUCAGAUCUUCGCCGCCUUGCUAAUGUGGAAGAGGAAGCAAAUUUUACCAGCGUAG